AUGUACAGAAACUGUUUUGUAAGUCAAGGUUUCGCGGGGAAGUGCAGCGCCCCCGCAAAGCACCGCACGGCGAGCGCGUGGUGCAGGUGCCGUGGUGCACGUGGCGCCAGCUGGGCACCCUGCUUCAGAAACCGGUGCGCACCGCGGCGAACUGCGCGUGAAACUCGGCUCGGCCGUCUCGCAGCGAUGUUUCCGAGCGAAGACGCCGGAGAAAACGUUUUCGAAAAGCACAUCGGGAGGCCGCUCUUUCACGAGAACCCAACCACGCUCCAAAUUAACAUCGGUUUGACCUGCAACAUGGCGUGCAGUCAUUGCCACGUUGAGUCGUCGCCAAACCGCAGGGAAACCAUGUCCUUCGAGGUUGCCGACAGGAUCCUAGAGCUCCUACGGAACUCCUGGUUCAUCGAAACAGUGGAUAUUACUGGCGGUGCGCCCGAAAUGCACGACGCCUUUCGGUACCUGAUCAGGCAGAUACGCACGCACAUACCGCAUGUGCGAACCAUCUACGAUCGCUGCAACCUGACCAUUCUUCGACAAAUAGAACAGUACGACUUGGUGGAAUUCCUCAAACGACACCAAGUGGAUAUUAUAGCUUCACUCCCGUGCUACGUUGAAGAGAACGUCGAUCGACAACGUGGAAACACGGCUUAUCGGAGGAGCAUUGCGGCUUUGCUCGAGCUGAACCGUGCUGGAUACGGUCUGCCCAAUUCACCACAUCACCUGCAUCUGGUUUACAACCCGCUGGGUCCGUACUUGCCACCGAAUCAACUUGGACUGGAAAUCCAGUACCACGAGUAUUUGUACCGUAAUUUUGGCAUAUUCUUCAAUCGACUGAUCUGUAUCACGAACAUGCCCAUCAAAAGAUUCCUCGACGAUCUCUGUCGGACCGGCUACUACGAAGCGUACAUGGAACUGUUGGUCAACAGCUGUAACCUCGCUGCAGUGGACGGUGUCAUGUGUCUCGACCAGAUCCAUGUGUCUUACGACGGGACGCUCCAUGACUGCGAUUUCAACUACGCGCUGGAGAUGCCGGUGUGCUGGGGUCAUCCUGAUGACCCUGGUCCCCAGACCAUCUUUGAUUUGCAGCGUAGCUUCGAUGAAGUCGCCGGAAAACAGAUUCGAACGGGUGUGCACUGCUUUGGAUGCACGGCGGGGAACGGAUCGAGCUGUACCGGGGCGAUCGUCACUUAG